GCUCCCGGUCCCCGCCCUCCCUGUUGACCGCCGGGGUCCGCAGGCCUCCCCUCCAGCGCCCACAGGCCUUCCUUCCGGCGCCAUGGGCUCGGAAAUGGAGCCGCUGCUUCUGGCCUGGAGCUAUUUUAGGCGCAGGAAAUUCCAGCUCUGCGCGGAUUUGUGCACGCAGAUGCUGGAGAAGUCCCCUUGUGACCAGGCAGCCUGGAUUUUAAAAGCACGAGCAUUAACUGAAAUGGUAUACAUAGAUGAAAUUGAUGUAGAUCAGGAAGGAAUUGCAGAAAUGAUGCUGGAUGAAAAUGCUAUUGCUCAAGUUCCACGCCCUGGGACAUCUUUGAAACUCCCUGGAAAUAAUCAGACAGGAGGGCCUAGUCCGGCUGUCAGGCCAAUUACUCAAGCUGGAAGACCAAUUACAGGUUUUCUUAGGCCUGGCACACAAAGUGGAAGACCAGGCACUAUGGAACAGGCCAUCAAAACACCUAGAACUGCCUAUACAGCUCGCCCCGUUACCAGCUCAUCUGGAAGAUUUGUCAGACUGGGAACGGCUUCCAUGCUUACGAAUCCUGAUGGACCUUUUAUAAAUUUAUCUAGACUGAAUUUAACAAAAUAUGCACAGAAACCUAAAUUGGCAAAGGCUUUGUUUGAGUAUAUUUUUCAUCAUGAAAAUGAUGUUAAGACUGCUUUGGAUUUGGCUGCCCUUUCCACAGAGCAUUCUCAAUACAAGGACUGGUGGUGGAAAGUACAGAUUGGAAAAUGUUACUACAGGUUAGGAAUGUAUCGUGAAGCAGAAAAACAGUUUAAAUCAGCCCUGAAGCAGCAAGAAAUGGUAGAUACGUUUCUCUACUUGGCAAAAGUUUAUAUCUCAUUGGAUCAGCCUAUGACUGCUUUAAAUCUUUUCAAACAAGGCUUAGAUAAGUUUCCAGGAGAAGUAGCCCUACUUUGUGGAAUUGCCAGAAUCUAUGAGGAAAUGAACAAUAUUUCAUCAGCAGCUGAAUACUACAAAGAGGUUUUAAAACAAGACAAUACUCAUGUGGAAGCCAUUGCAUGUAUUGGAAGCAACCACUUUUAUUCUGAUCAACCAGAGAUAGCUCUCCGGUUUUACAGGCGACUCCUGCAGAUGGGUGUUUAUAACUGCCAGCUUUUUAACAAUCUGGGGCUCUGUUGCUUCUAUGCCCAGCAGUAUGAUAUGACUCUGACCUCAUUUGAACGUGCCCUUUCUCUGGUUGAAAACGAAGAAGAGACGGCAGAUGUCUGGUACAACUUGGGACACAUAGCUGUGGGAGUAGGGGAUACGAAUUUGGCCUGUCAGUGCUUCAGGCUGGCUCUGGUCAACAACAACAACCACGCUGAGGCCUACAACAACCUGGCCGUGCUGGAGAUGUUGAAGGGCCACGUUGAACAGGCAAGGGCACUGCUACAGACUGCGUCAUCUUUAGCACCCCAUAUGUAUGAGCCGCAUUUUAAUUUUGCAACAGUCUCUGAUAAGAUUGGGGAUCUACAGAGAAGCUAUGUUGCUGCUCAGAAGUCUGAAACAGCAUUUCCAGAUCAUGUGGACACACAGCAUUUAAUUAAACAGUUAAAGCAGCACUUUGCUAUGCUCUGAUUGUUCCUUACCCCAAAUAUGUUAAUAAGAGGCAUUAUAUAAGGGGAAAAGUAGUGUGUAUAUAUGUGAUAGAAAUACCUGUGCUUAAUAUGAGUGAAGGUGACAUAAGGAGUUUAAACCACAAUGUAAAAUAAAAAGUUUAUAAUAAUAACUUUUAAAAUAAAAAAAUUAUAAAAUACAGAAUUUAAGCAUUUGUAACUGGAUCAUGAAACCAUCUCCCACAUUAUAUGAUAGGUAUUUGUUUAUAAUGUUUAUGAAACAUUUCAAUGAAUUUCCUCAACUUUUUAUAAAUGCAUGUUUUUAAUGUUCUUAAACUGACCAUUAGCCACCAUGUAGAUUAAGAGGUCUGAAAUCUCCCUUUUAAAAUGAACUUUUAAAGCUAAAAGUAUGUAUAUUUACCUAAGUAGAGACUUUAUUUAGAGCUUAAAAAUUGUAUUAAAAACUAUUUUUUAUCAAA